AACGGGCACCCCGUCAUUCACAGCAGAUAAAAGGAUCGGUCAGCUGUUAGAAAUGAGCACAUCGGGGUAUCCAUCCCAUCCGCUGAUGGAUAUCGGGGACUCCCUUGUCGUGCCGGGCAACCCACCACGCGAUGACGGCAACCUGGACUGGGAGCGAUGCGCCAAGCUGCACAACUUCUUAGUGGCAGUGGGCUGGAUGGCAGCCAUGGGAAAACAAACUGGGGAUUUGGACGAACUGAUGCAGCCGGACAAGUUCAACUGGUUCCAGGUGCAUCACCGCGAAAACAUGUGGUCCAACGCCUACUGGGACCAUAGCAGCAUGGACCGUCAGCUUGUCGACUUUCUCGAAGCCAUUAUUGUUCCCGUAGGCCGAGACCAUCCAUUCUUCUUCCAUUGGGCAGCAGGCAUGCCUACACCCUCCGAGAUUCACGACCAUUACAUCAUACAACACUUUGACGACUAUACAAAACAGGACAAGUCUGCUAUAACGUUACUUUACACAAUGACACUCGACAUGAGUAGAGAAGGUGUUGGCAUCGUCUAUAAUCGAAACAUACGCAAGGUUGCCUUUGUACCAACCAUAUUCCACAGCGAUCUCGUGACGCCGGCGUCCGAGCAUCCGGAACGAUGGUUCCCUUUGGAAUUCCUACUCACGCACUGGAUCAAGCUACAUGUAUAUGAAAAGAUUACCGUCGGUCCGCCGAAAUCGCUCCGUCACAGAAUACACGAUGUAUGGAGAAUACAACCAUAUAGCUCAUUUCAGGUCGAAAAUACGAUAGGGGCAUUCGAGCGGUUGGUUAUGGCGAUAGACUCUCGCUUGCCGUCAGAACCCAGAUCGCCAACAGUCCGCAAAAAAUACCUACUCAACGAUGACGACCUUGACGCAGCGGGCGCUCCUGGAAAGUGCUUCGUCAGAGAGUUUCUAACUGGUGCACCAGUCCCGCGGUUUAAAUGCAUUGCCCCAGGCCUGGUCGUUCCUCAUGAUCGUUGGGCCUUUAUUUCCCAACAACGAUUUACAAGGCUUGCCUAUGAACAAUACCCUGAAACCGGCCACAUCAUAAUCCCACCGCUACUCAUAUUUGCAGAUAAAGACGGCGGUACCGUUGAUUUCUCUGGCGGAUAUAAAGGCUACAGCCCGAACCCGUUCCCCAAAGAGAUGCAUCUUGAUCCAUCAGACCAAUCUACACUGGCGGGCCUCUAUAGCGAAUCUGUCGUCCUCAACUCCUCAGACAUGGCAGAGGAAGGAUUCAGACUUCUAAUGCCCUUCCAAUUUGAUAGCAGCUAUACAGGCGCCCGGCUUAGCGAUGGGGCGCUGUUGCCAGUUGGAUCAGUGGCUGAUCUAUUCCAGCACGGGGAUUUUCCAUUAGGCGGUAUGGCGCGCGCUCAGCGUAUGGAACGGCUGUUUGACUGGUGGCGGCAUCUAAUUGAAGAAGGCAUCUGGACUGUCGGAGACGAUGGUGUAGAGGGUAGUAUGGACACAUUCAGAGACGCCGAUCGCGGAAAAUGGAAAGACUACAUGAUCCCGCUAGACACGGAAGUAUAACAGUGUUGACUGGGCAAACAACCGCGCCGCAACCGGCAGCCGACCAACCAAUAUGUACAAAAUUUAAAUUUAAUAAACUUUAAGCGUACCAUCGCGUACCGCGAUAU